AUGCUAGGCAGGGUGCGCUCGGCCAUGGCGCAACUGGUGGGGGGGCUGGGGGGAGGCGGCGGGCCCGGCAGCCCCCCGAGCGCGCAGCCCGCCCUGGCCUCUUCGCCGCCUCCACUGCCAGCGGCGCCGCCUGCUCCCGCCGGGCCCAGCGCCACCAGCUCCUGCCGGGAGCCGCCCCCAAGCAGCUUCUCCAGACCGGCUUUCCUGCAGCUCACCGCGGAGGAACUCCAGCUAGCGGACGAUCACACCGGCAGAGCCGUCCAGAGCCCCCGCGAGAACCGCCGCCGCCUGCCCUGGAGCACCGGCUACGCCGAGGUCAUAAAUGCUGGCAAGAGCCAGCACAAUGAAGAUCAAGCCUGCUGUGAGGCAGUAUUUGUGGGGAAACAUGCUCAGAGGAAUAACCCAGCCCCCAAGGAAACAUCUGGAGUCCCAGGCGGGCAGGGCAACAAAGGCCUGCACUUUUAUUACUGGGGCUUGUUCGAUGGACAUGCUGGAAGCGGGGCCGCGGUCAUGGCAUCCAAGCUGCUACACUUCCACGUCCGUGAUCAUCUUCGGGAAUUAGUAGACAUCCUCCAAGACCCCUCACCUCCUCCAAUCUGCCUGCAGGAUGCUUCCAGGACAGUUCUGGGAGAACCAAACAGGGCUCCCUUGGCAGAGGAAGAUGCUGCGGGCCGCAACAACGCCUUGCCACGUUUCCAUAUAGAGAAGGCAGUUUCUCAUGAGAGCUUGGUAGUGGGAGCCAUUGAGAACGCGUUCAAAGAGAUGGACAAUCAGAUCGAGCAAGAGCGGGUGACCCAGCAUAUAUCUGGAGGCUGCUGUGCUCUGGCUGCCGUUUACCUUCUGGGGAAGUUCUAUGUGGCCAACGCAGGUGACAGUAGGGCCAUUGUCAUCCGUAAUGGGGAAAUCAUUCCAAUGUCCAGGGAGUUUACUCCAGAGACAGAGAGGCAAAGGCUGCAGUUUUUAGGCUUUUUGAGACCAGAGUUGCUGGCAAAUGAGUUUACUCACCUUGAGUUCCCUCGAAGAAUCCAGCAAAAGGAACUGGGGAAGAAGAUGCUAUACAGGGACCAAAACAUGAAUGGCUGGGCAUAUAAAAGAAUAGAAGAAGAUGACCUGAAGUUUCCACUUGUAUACGGAGAGGGUAAAAAGGCACGAAUGAUGGCAACCAUUGGGGUGACUCGAGGCCUGGGAGAUCAUGAUCUCAAAGUGUACAGCUCCAAUAUCUACAUCAAACCUUUCUUAUCCUGCAUUCCAGAGGUCCGCAUCUAUGACCUCACUCAGUAUGAGCACUGCCCUGAUGAUGUGCUUGUGCUGGGCACUGAUGGCCUGUGGGAUGUCACCAGUAAUCAGGAGGUGGCCAAAGUGGUGGUUGAUGUACUCAUGCGCUAUGAGCCCAAUGACCCUUGCAGAUAUACUAUGGUAGCCCAGGAGUUAGUGAUGAGGUCCAGAGGGGUUCUGAAGGACCGUGGCUGGAGGCUGGCCAAUGACAAAUUAGGCUCUGGUGACGAUAUCUCGGUCUUCGUUGUUCCCCUUGGUGGCCCAGGAAAUUAUACCUGAGGAAGUCCUAGGUGUAUCUGAUCCAUGUUGCUAGACUGUAAAAGACCAUUUGCUACAAACUGGAGGUUGCAGAUCCCCUGCAAUGGAAACAUUCAUGCUUCCAGAGACUUCUGAAGAGAAUUAAAACCAUGGGACUGCAACUUGAGCCCUCCUCCUACUCCAUCCCAGUGUGCUGCUCCCUGCUGGGGACACAAGACAGAGGCUUGGGCUGCACAGCUGUUCACAUCAAGGAAGUCAAGGCACAGCUGUUCCUCUCAGGAAUAUCCAUAUUGGCCCUUGAGACCCAUAGGAAGUCCCGUCUUCCAAGGGCUGUAUUCAUUAAGGGCCUUUUGCCAGUAUCAUUCUAGGGAAAGGAAGGGGGAUGUGGAAGGGCUGUCAUUUUUUCUUAGAAUAGCAUGGAAAUGUUCUCCAAAUUGAGUAGUAGUACCAGAGUCUCCCUGAUUUGCUGCAGUAUUUAAUCUUGUUAUUAUCAAGGGCCAGUUCAAACUCUCAUUGCCGAGUACCAAGGACACAUUAUCUUGACUUGCAGUGACAACUGUUCCCAAGUUUCCUGCCUUGUCACUGCUGCUAAUUGUUGAAGUAGAAUGACGUAAAUGCUACUUUUUGGUUGGUUCCCAUUCCUCAAGCUUGCUGCAAGAAGGUUCUGCACAGCUUAGUCCAAAGUAGUCACUGCUUAACUGGGUGAGUUUUAUGCAUUCAUUUUGUACAGGGAUUUUUCAGCGUAAUAACAAAAUGGUUGUACUGUAACCACAUUUGCUAUUCUGACAAAUGAGCCCUCAAGGGGCAAAAGAAUGGUACAACAGAGUCCUGCUAUAGAAAAUUGCAUUGGAGAAUGUCUUCUCUUUUGCUAAUUAAGGGUAGACUUAUGAGAACAAGCACACAUUGUUAUAGAUUUGUUACCCUAUAAUGACAGUACUUAAUGGAUUUAUUUAAAAGCAGGCUCUUGAUAGCAAAUAUAGACAUGUACAAGGCACAUAUAAACAUGGUAGGCAGCUAUGCAUAGUACUGGCAGAUAUUCUGCAUUUCAAGUUUGUUCAUCUGUUUCCUUCUUGGAAAAAUCACAUGUGCUAAGGCUACAGUUGGCCAACUGCAGCUGGUAACCUGCCAGGAUAUAUGGGGGGGGGGCAGGAACAAGCUUGUUAGCAUUGUGUCAAUGUGUGAUGUCACAAACCUAGAAUCAAUGUUAUUGUAUUGGGGCAAUACUCUAGGAUUAGUCCAAAAUUCUGUGAUUAAACCAUAGAAUUUUGAGUGAAUCCUAGAGCAUCGCCCAGAUGUGAUGAUGUCACUUCCAGUUUUGCACCUGAAGUGAUAGUGAAAGCCCACCCCCAUUUCCCCCUUGCUGGGGCUUUGAAGCAGCAGUGGGGAAUGGGAGGGGGCAAUGCUGAAAGAUUUCCUGCUGUAGCUGGACAGCCAGACCCCUGGCCAGGACUGAUCCCAGAGUGUUUGGCACUUGGCCUAAUGAAUAGGGGGUGCUAAGUUUUUAAAAAUAUUUUUGAUUAUAAUCCUUAAUGUAUUCUCAGCUAGCUACACUGUACAAAAGGGAGUUCGUUCUUGUCUAGAGGUUCUGCAGCUUAAAUUUGGCCUGUGCAUAUCUAUUUAGCUCUGAGCAAUAGAUAAAGUAAGGUUUAAGAGGAAACGAAUAGCAAGCUUAAAGGAAAAUUCUGGCCACUAUAUAGAAACUUUGAGCAUUAACAGCAGCCAGGUUGACAGUUCUGUGUUGUGGAACACUUUAUUUAGACAAGAAUUCUGCAUUACCUAAAGCCACCCCUUCUUUGAAGUUUGGAUUUACCUGUCUCUUCACAAAGUGUGCUAUAAACACCUGAGAAAGUUUAAAGGAAGCACCAAAUGCAGGGUUGGGGCAAUCAGCUACCAUCCCAAAUCAACAAUUGGUCAAGACGCUCUCUUUCUGGAAAAUGCUUUGAUAUUGAUUCUGUGUCUUGCUGUCACUUCCGAGUGGUUGUCAUGUGUGCCUCAUCACCAAUGAGAUAUGAAUAAAAGUAAGAUUCUCGGGAAUCACAAAAUCAAGUGAGCUUUUAACUCAGUAAAAUGCAUGUGAGAAAAAAGAGGGCAAUAAUGCAAUUUGAUAGCACAGGGCCCUUGUUUGUCCCCAUUAAAGAUUCUCUGCUUUAGAGGACACAUUCAACCACUUUGGCAGUGUAGACAAUUUUUAAAAUCAGUUUAGUAAGCUGGGGCUAUGAAGAACUGUGGGGGGUGGUCUGGAAAUCACCUCUCACCCUCUUAUCUUGAGGGAGGGGGCUUGAGCAGGCUGAUUUCUCUUCCCCCCUUUUUUUUACCUUCUAAAGUUUUCUCACUGUUCUCAACAUCCAGCAUUUCCUGAAUUAUGUAUAUUCUUCAUCAAGCCCACUUUCUUUUUCUUUAUUUUUAGAGUCAUAUUUUUUCUGCACACCUGGAGAGACCCCUUGCCUUGUCUGUGUUUUGCUGGUUUUGUGACAGGCGGGGAAGCCAUCCACUUUACUGUUAGAUAUAAUGAUUGGGUAAUUUCUGCAAAAAUGUGCAUUGAACUACUGACUCAAUGGUUUGUACCUUUUCACACAAUAUCGUGUACACCAGAGAAAAUAUAAAA